UUCAGAGCAAGGUUACAGUCUGUGAAGCUAUAAAGACCUGAUAACAAUGAAGUGAAACACACAUUCCAAGUAUUGCAAUCAAAAACAGGCAGAGUGACAUAUUGGGCAGGAUCUCUUUUGUUGAUAACUACAAUGAGCGCCGAGUCUUCAGUAACCAAGAGGCUAGAAGGUAAGGUGGCACUGAUAACUGGUGGUGCCAGUGGCCUAGGAGAGAGUACGGCAAGGCUGUUCGUCCAACAUGGAGCCAAGGUUCUGAUUGCUGACAUUCAAGAUGACUUGGGCCACUCCCUUUGCCAAGAGCUUGGAAAAGAAACCAUCAGCUAUGUCCACUGUGAUGUAACAUGCGAACCUGAUGUCCAAAAAGCUGUAGAAUUGGCAGUUUCCAAGUAUGGAAAGCUUGAUAUCAUGUUGAAUAACGCUGGAAUUAUGGGUCACCAUGAAGUAAGAGUUACAGAUACAGAUACUGAGAGCUUCAAGACAGUGUUUGAUAUCAAUGUGCUUGGUGGAUUCCUGGGUGCCAAGCAUGCCGCUAGGGUCAUGGUUCCUGCCAAGAAAGGGUGCAUUCUCUUUACCGCAAGUCUUGCAUCAAAAAUAAGCCUGGGUACCCCGCAUGCAUACAAGGCAUCAAAGCAUGCAGUGGUAGGGUUGACUAAAAGCUUGAGCGUGGAGUUAGGUGAGUAUGGAAUUAGAGUUAAUUGCAUUUCACCUCAUGCAGUUGCCACUCCGUUGUUCCAAAAAACACUCGGGGUAUUCGAUAAGAAGAAGGGAGAGGAGGUCGUUUCUGCUUCAGCAGUACUGAAAGGGGCCAUACUGGAACCAGAAGAUUUUGCAAACGCAGCCCUGUAUUUGGCAAGCGAUGAGGCUAAAUAUAUCAGUGGUGUCAACCUGACAAUCGAUGGAGGGUAUAGCCUCAGCAAUCAAACAUGGAAGAUGGGGCUAUCCGUACUUUCUGAAUAGACCUUUGUGUUAAACUUUUCUAAAACUACAUAUGUAAUUGAGGGCUUAUUUGUAUGGCCGGUGUCUGAGUCUACUUUCACUUUCGAAGUGUGCUUUCCUCAAUAAAAUUUGUGUCUUUUUGAAAGGUAAAA